AUGGGUCGUGUAAUCCGGGGGCAGCGUAAGGGAGCAGGCUCCGUCUUCAAGUCCCAUACCCACCACCGCAAGGGCCCGGCCCGGUUCCGCUCCCUCGACUUCGGCGAGCGCAACGGCUACCUCAAGGGCGUUGUCACGGAGAUCAUCCACGACCCCGGCCGCGGCGCGCCGCUCGCGCGCGUCGAUUUCCGCCAUCCCUUCCGCUACAAGCACCAGAAGGAGCUCUUCGUCGCAGCCGAGGGCAUGUACACCGGCCAGUUCGUGUACUGCGGCAAGAAGGCGAACCUCGUAGUCGGCAACGUGCUUCCCCUCAGGUCUAUCCCGGAGGGCGCCGUCGUCUGCAACGUCGAGCAUCAUGUCGGGGAUCGUGGCGUUUUCGCCAGGGCCUCUGGGGACUACGCUAUUGUUAUCUCUCACAAUCCUGAUAACGACACUUCCAGGAUUAAACUACCUUCGGGAGCCAAGAAAAUUGUGCAGAGCGGCUGCCGGGCAAUGGUUGGACAGAUUGCUGGAGGUGGGCGUACUGAGAAGCCAAUGCUGAAAGCUGGAAAUGCAUACCACAAGUUCAGAGUGAAGAGGAACUCAUGGCCCAAGGUGCGUGGUGUUGCCAUGAACCCAGUCGACCAUCCUCAUGGUGGUGGUAACCAUCAGCACAUUGGUCAUGCUAGCACUGUCCGUCGUGAUGCCCCACCUGGCGCGAAGGUUGGUCUUUUUGCUGCCAGGAGGACUGGUCGCUUGCGCGGUCAAGCUGCCGUCACUUCUGCUAAAGGUGACAAGGCUUAA